AUGGCAGUUGGUGGUGCAGAGGCGGCGGCGGAGACGGCGGUGGUGGAGAACAAAGAGUGGUACAUUGCUCGUUAUGCACCAAAAGGGAUUCCAAAUUCUGAUCAGAUUAAGCUACGAACUCUGAGUUUUUCUCUAGCAGAAAACUCGAUCCCAAAUGGAAAUGUUGCAGUACAAAUCCUAUAUAUUUCAAUUGAUCCAUAUUUACGCACUCAGUUGAGUGGCCUCUAUGACGGGCUCUCCCUUCCUCAACUUUCACUUGGCCAGGUGAUAAGAGCAAACGCAAUAGGGAAAGUGAUUCGUUCCAAGGACACCAAUUUUUCAGAGGGAGAUAUAGUAACUACCUAUAUGUUUCCUGUCGCUGAAUUUUGUGUUAUGCCAAUUAGUUGGCUUCAGAAAAUUAAUCCAACCAUUGGGAUUACGUUGCCGGAUUAUCUUAGUUGCUUGGGUAAAUACCUCACCUUUUUUAUCCCCGUGGAGUUGUUUGGUUGGAAAGAAGUUAUCACGUGA